UUUUAUACAUUAGUAAAUUAAAUCAUGAAUAUGAAUAAGAAGAAGAGUGCAACCCGGCCAAUUGAAGGGGAAAUGAAGAAGAACGAUGUUAUUCGUCAGUUCCAAAACUCUGUUAUAGUUGGAAGAGAAAGAGAUCCUUUCUCUACUAAGGGCAAGGCAUCGACUAAAAAGCCUUUAAAGGCAGUUGCAGAUUUUAAUGAGUUACCAGAAAAAGAAUCACCAUUUAGUGAAAAGACUUAUUUCAUCACUUGCAGAAAGGGUUGCAAUAAGCAAAUCUUGACCAAGAAAGAAUAUGAGACUCAUAGAUGUAUCGAUCAUCUCAAAAAUGUCAUCAGAGAUCAAAAUAGAGAAAAAGAGAUGCUUAAUGAGCACUUACAAGAAGCUGAAAAAGAUGUGAAAGAUCUUCUCGAAGAAUUUGAUAGAUGCAAGGAUACUCAAGAAUCUGUAAUUGAUGAGCUUAAAGAAAAAUUGAUGUUCUUAGAAAAGAAAAAUGAAAAUUUAAAAGAACAAAGAGCAAGGAAGACCAAGGAUUAUGAAGAAAGACUUAACGAAGAGAAGCUGAAGAGUGAAAAAGAGUCCAAUCUUUCCUUCAUAAACUUCAUUCAGACUGCAGAAAAGGAUUUCACCCUAUAUAACCAAAGAUUAAACACUGAUUUUGAGAAAUAUAAGGAGAAUCUCAAGAAAGAAACAACUACUUACAAGCUUAAGACAAAGGCAAACUCAAUGGUGAAAGAGACUAACAACUAUGAGGGGGAUAAUAUGAGCAAGCCAAAGACCCCUUCUAAAGUAAAGUCCUUCAGCAACAGCACAAAGUCAAAAUCAAAAAGAAAGAAGAUGUAAUUA